AUGCCUUUGGAGAGUCCGACGAAAUUUGAUACCGGAGACACGACAGAUACGGAAACAUCACUUGCACCGACCAGGACACCGUCUCGAAGCACAUUCUACCCACCUCCCGUCACUACCUCUACCUUCUCCUCGAUGCCUCGGCCAGACAAUCCAGUAAAUUACCCUCAGCUCAUGUCACAACACCAGAAGACUCAAGGAUACGCACCAUCCGAUCAUCCUCUCCUGUCACCGACACAUAAUAGUACAUUUUCGAUACCCCAGCCCAUCAAUUACCCGCACCUUCAACGCCCACCAAUGACUCCUUCAUAUCGUUCACCAUCACCGUUUGCACCACCUCGACCCCCUCUACCUACACCCGUUGUGAGCACCCCCGUUCCAACGACGGCCCCUUCCACUACCAGCAAUCUCCCCGGUCUCAAAACCGUCAUCCUCCCACGCUCCUGUCUUGCUCGCUUCCUCGGCAUCGCUGGUGUCAACACGAGCCGGAACAGGGAAACCUGCGGGUUGUUAUUGGGCCGCGAAGUGCGCGGCAAGUAUGUUGUGUCGACGCUUUUGAUUCCAAAGCAGCACUCGACGAGUGAUACGUGUACUAUGGAUGAGGAGGAACUAGUCAUGGAGUUUACGGAGGAGAGGGGGCUGAUUACGCUUGGUUGGAUUCAUACGCAUCCUACGCAGAGUUGCUUUAUGUCUUCCGUAGACCUCCACACCCACUGCGCCUUUCAACUGAUGCUACCAGAAUCGUUCGCGGUCGUGUGUGCACCUAGGUCCACUCCGAAUUUUGGGAUCUUUAGGUUGACGGAUCCGCCGGGGUUGAGUUUGAUAAGUAAUUGUAAGGUGAAGGAGGCGUUUCAUCCGCACCCGGAUCAUCCGAUCUAUACUGAUGCGGAUAAGGGACAUGUGCAGAUGAGAGAUGCAGCGUUGGAGAUUGUGGAUUUGAGAAAUUGA